AUGCUGCCAGGGUUUGCUUUGGACAGGCUGUACCAAGUGACCUGCGACGACAUGGCCAAAGUAUGGCGUGAGCGUAACAAGAGCGGCUCAAUCCUGGACAGUGAAAGAUCUCAUGGCCAUGGACAAGCAGGUUUGCUUAAGAGAGUUUUCGGCCUAAGCGACGAGGCUGAGAGGGAGAAGCUUGCUAUGGUGCUGUACGACAACGGUAGUAGGGAUGUACCAUUCUCGCACAAGACUCCUCGUCUACCAUUCGCGAUCAGUCUGGCACAUAAACUGGCCGAGAAACAGGAUGACAACAUCUUGAAAGUGGUGCUUCAGGUGUGGAUUGAGAUUCUAUUCUACGCGGCCAACCGCUGCAGCGGGGAGUCCCAUGCGAAGAAGAUCAGCAGCGGCGCCGAGUUGACGACCAUCCUGUGGCUCAUGGCUGAAAACUUCCACCACUAUCUGCGCAUACAGCAUGUAGCAACAAGCUAG